UUGACUUCCGUGUUGUUAUUCGUAUCACUGCUGACAUGUCUGACAAAUUUGCUGUGGUUCUUUAUUUAUUGGGAGGAUUUUGCUUCAUUUCAUGGAAAUACUCAUUAAUUGGUUUCACAGAUGCGCUUAAGCUGGCUGGACGUGGGAUCAUAUUCCUGGGCAUCUGCACAUGGCUGAUUUACAUGUUACCGAGGCUGAAAUCUUUCUUCUUCCCAGUAUGUCAAGGACUCCCAGACAGCCCACUGCAAGACUCCGACAGACUGGCACAAGAGGAAGCUAGAAGAAUUCAACAACAUCAACACAAUAACAAGAUGACUGAUUACUCUGAAAGAGUGUUAAAGCCGAGACAGAACUCGUUGCUCCAGCGGAAAACAGAGCGUCAACAUAGUAUGGCAGGAGAGGCCUGGAGACUGACCCAGGGGUUUCCAGUCGGGGGGGCGGAGGAUCAGGUGUGUCCAGAUGUGGCUGUAGACGAGAGUGCUAACCAGGGAGCGAGGAGGAGACGCACGCUGCUGCAGACUGUGACUCCAGAUCCUGCGCGAACAAACGCCACACACGCGCUCAAGCAGAAGAAGGUCAUAGUUUUGCCGGACGAGCCACCAGAGGACGCUGAGGGGGUUGUAAGAAUAGCUGUAAGAUGUCCCAGCAGAAGAACCAUACACCGGCGAUUCCUCAAAACCUGGAGCUCGACGAUCCUCCUGGACUGGAUGAUGAAGUCCGGCUAUCCUCCCGCUCUCUACGCGCUAUGCUCGUCCUUCCCGAGGGAACGCCUGCGCACGGCUGAGGGCCUGAGCCUGGAGGAGGCUGGGAUCCUCACACACACAGUUUUGCACGUGGAGGAGAUCGAACCGGCGCUCCCCUAACAGCACUCGGCUGCUCAAACACUACGUGACUGAGUGGAUGCGGUCACAUCGGGCACCAGCCAACGGGACCUGAGAUGCAUUUCAUUGUAACUCUUGUAUAGUUCGUUAAUGUUCAAGAACAUGUUCAGUAGGUCAAAAAGGGACUAUUGUGUAGCUGAUUUUGUGCUUCCAAUGGUGUAUGGAUGAAUCUUAGUUUUUCUAUGAGUAAUCCUGCCCAGAUACUGUUUAUUAAAUCAGCAAAACAAGGCCAAUGAAACAAAUGCUACCUUGCUAUAUAAACACAUUAUUUUUAAACAACUCAUCACCCCCCUUUCCCCAUCUAGUCAAAUCCGCUCUGGACAGGCCAAUCUCCUUCAGCCUGUGAGGACAAGGCUUCGUACUAUGGGUGAUCGAGCUUUCUGUUCAGUCGCGCCUACUCUCUGGAAUGCUCUCCCUGUCCAACUAAGGGUCACUCGGACUGUUGA